GAUGUCCAUUAAACCAUCCCUAAACCCUAAUCUCACCCUCUCCCACCCUCACCGUCUCACUCUGAUCAUCUCAAUCGGUAGUACUGUUCCCUAGUUUCCCCUCCUAAAUUCUUUUCGCAUCAUCUUUUCGGUCAACUCUUCAACUUCUACUUUGAUUUAGUCUCAGAGAUAUUCCUGCAAUGGCUCAAACCUCCGAUGUAGUCACUGAAGAAAUUGGUGGAGUUGUCUUCAGCUUUAUGACCGAUGAAGACAUUCAGAAGCAUAGCCUCGUGAGGAUAACAAGUGACAGGCUUGUUGAUACUGUGAACCAACCUGUUCCUGGAGGACUUUAUGAUCCUGCGUUGGGGCCGCUUGAUGAGAGAACUCCUUGUAAGUCAUGUGGGCAGGGGGCGUUUAAUUGUCCAGGACAUUGUGGUCAUAUUGACCUUCUUGUUCCUGUUUAUAAUCCCUUGCUAUUCCAUACUCUUUAUACUCUUCUGCGAGAGGUGUGCUUCUUUUGCCAUCAUUUUAAGGCCAACAGAAGCCAGGUCAAGAAGUGUGUUUCUCAAUUGGAACUCAUCAUAAAAGGUGAUAUUAUUGGAGCUAAAAGGUUGGACUCAUCCUCACUGGAUGAAUAUCCAGAGGACAGCAGUGGAAGCCACGAAUCAAGUUCCACAGUUCACUCUGGUGCACAAUGCACUGAUGAUGAUGCUUUGAAGCAGCAGGAAUGGACUUCUAUGCAGUUUACUGAAGCGAAAUUUGUUUUGAAUACCUUUCUGAACCUGAAAAUUAAAAAAUGUGAGAACUGCAAUGCUAAAAGCCCUACGAUCAGCAAACCCUUCUUUGGGUGGUUUCAAAAGGGUGGUGUUUCAGAUGCACUUGCUGCAGCAAAUGUUCUUAGGGGGUUCAGUGUGAAAGGGGCAAUCACUGGUGGAGAUGGAGCAACAACUGAGCUGGAUGACGGUACUGAUGCUUCGGGAGUGUUCUCAGUAAACAGUGGUGAUGAAGCUGAAACACAUUCCUCUCAUGGGACUCCAGAUAGUGGUAAAGGAAAGCAUAGACGAAAAGGGAGAGAAGUACUCACAGCGUUCAUUGAACAGAAGAAUUUCUUCAAGGGAUCCUUGCUACCUUCAGAAGUUAAGAAUAUCUUAAAGCUGUUAUGGGAAAAUGAAGCUCAACUCUGCUCAUUUAUUGGUGAUAUUCAGCAGAAGGGAUUCGGUAAGCAAGUGGGUCCCUCGAUGUUCUUUUUGGAGAAAAUUCUUGUUCCUCCAAUCAAAUUCCGCCCCCUUGCGAGAGCAGGUGAUUCUGUGAUGGAGCAUCCACAUACUAAUUUAUUAGUUAAGGUGCUGAAGUCCAAUAUAUUAUUGGGAAAUGCCAUUGCUAACAGCGUAGACAAGUCUAUGGAACGAAGGUGGAUGGAACUUCAGCAAUCUGUUAAUAUCUUGUUCGACAGUAAAAAGGCGGGUCAAGGUCAAAGAGAUGUGCCUUCUGGGAUAUGUCAGUUGCUGGAGAAGAAGGAGGGCAUGUUCAGGCAGAAAAUGAUGGGAAAGAGGGUUAAUUAUGCAUGCCGUUCUGUCAUAUCCCCAGAUCCUUAUUUAGCAGUUAAUGAAAUUGGAAUUCCUCCAUAUUUUGCAUUGAGGUUAACUUAUCCUGAGAGAGUGACUCCCUGGAAUGUUGGGAAGUUGAGGGACGCUGUAAUCAAUGGAUCAGAAAUUCAUCCCGGAGCCACACAUUAUGUUGAUAAAUUGUCCACUGUGAAAUUACCAGCAAGCCGUAAGAUGCGUAUUUCUAUAUCAAGGAAAUUACCUUCUUCGAGAGGAGCAGUGUUGGAACCUGGAAAUGGUUGUGAUCAUGAAUUUGAAAGAAAACUUGUGUAUCGCCACUUGCAAGAUGGGGAUGUUGUGCUUGUUAAUCGACAGCCCACGCUUCACAAGCCCAGUAUAAUGGCACACGUGGUUCGUGUCUUGAAGGGAGAGAAGACAAUUCGGAUGCACUAUGCCAACUGCAGCACGUACAAUGCUGAUUUUGAUGGUGAUGAAAUGAAUGUUCAUUUCCCCCAAGAUGAAGUCUCACGUGCAGAAGCUUAUAACAUUGUUAACGCCAACGAUCAAUAUAUCAGGCCAUCCUCUGGUGAUCCAAUUAGAUCCUUAAUUCAGGAUCACAUCAUAAGUGCUGUACUUCUCACGAAGAGGGAUACCUUCUUAAGUCGUGAUGAAUUUAAUCAGCUUCUUUAUAGUUCUGGUGUGGGUACUGGUGGAUCAGUUUCAUUUGCUGGAAAACCUGGAAAUAAAGUUCUGAUCUCUAGUUUUGAGAAUGAGAUGGAGUCUCUUUUGCCUACUAUAUGGAAGCCGGAGCCAUUAUGGACUGGUAAACAGGUCAUUUCUGCUGUGCUGAAUCAUAUUACUCGUGGUAGACCUCCAUUUACAGUUGAGAAAGGAGGGAAAAUCUCUCAUGACUUUUUUAAGAGUAGAAGUAAUGAAGAGAAACUGAACACUGAAAAGGAUGUUGACUUAAAGAAACUGAGUGGUAAGAAAGACAAUGGUGAAGACUAUUUAAGCAAAGAAAAAAUAGUUGGUGGAGAUAAAAUGCACAAAGGGAAAAAGGAUGAUAAGGAGCCUGAUGAAGAUAAGUUGUUGAUCUAUAAAAAUGAGUUGGUUCGUGGCGUGAUUGACAAGGCGCAGUUUGCUGAUUAUGGUUUGGUUCAUACAGUACAUGAGCUAUAUGGCUCAAGUACUGCAGGCCUUUUGCUUUCUGCAUUGAGUCGAUUGUUUACUGUAUUUUUGCAGAUGCAUGGUUUCACAUGUGGAGUGAAUGACCUUUUAAUAAUUAAAGCCAAAGAUGAAGAAAGGAAGAGUCAACUUGAAAGUUGUGAAGAAAUCGGUGAAAAAGUUCAUCGUGAAUUUAUUAAGGUUCCCGAAAAUGUUGUAAUAGAUCCACUAGACCUCCAGUUUGAUAUUGAGAAAACCAUACGCAGAGAUGGGGAGCCAGCCAUGACCUUUUUGGACAGGAAGAUGACUAGUGGUCUUAAUGCAAAAACCAGCUCUGGGGCUUUAAGUGAGCUAUUAUCUGAGGGUUUGUUAAGACCAUCUGGAAAGAACUGUAUUUCUCUAAUGACUACCUCUGGGGCGAAAGGUAGUAAGGUGAAUUUCCAACAAAUAUCUUCCCAUUUGGGUCAACAAGAAUUAGAAGGCAAACGAGUCCCCCGUAUGGUGUCUGGAAAGACAUUACCGUGCUUUCAUUCAUGGGAUUGGACUUCUCGAGCUGGAGGUUUUAUAACUGAUCGAUUUCUUAGUGGACUUCGUCCUCAAGAGUACUACUUCCAUUGCAUGGCUGGUCGUGAAGGGUUAGUAGAUACGGCAGUCAAAACAUCUCGCAGUGGAUACCUCCAAAGAUGCCUAAUAAAAAAUCUGGAGUGCUUGAAAGUCGGUUACGAUCAUACUGUCCGUGAUGUUGAUGGUUCCAUUGUUCAAUUUCAAUAUGGAGAAGAUGGUGUGGAUGUCCAUCGAACAAGUUUUAUUGGAAAAUUUGAAGCACUGGCAGCAAAUCAGGAAUUGCUUUACAAAAAAUGUGGACAACAAAAGGACAAUGGAAGUUUGGAUAUUCAGCUUGAUCCAUCUAAUAACUACAUUACAAAGUUGCCUGUUGCACUUCAAGAAAAAGCUGAAAAAUUCAUGGGCGGUUUAUCCUUGAAUGAGCGGGUUUCUUCUAAUUUAGUAAAACAAGAUGACCUAAUAAAGUUAUUGAAGCUCAAAUUCUUGCUAAGUCUCGCCCAGCCUGGGGAACCAGUAGGUGUGCUUGCUGCUCAGUCUGUAGGAGAACCAUCAACACAGAUGACGUUGAAUACUUUUCAUCUGGCUGGCCGAGGUGAAAUGAAUGUGACUCUUGGAAUUCCUCGUCUACAAGAAAUAUUUAUGACUGCUUCAGCUCAAAUUAAAACUCCAGUGAUGACAUGCCCCUUGCAAGAAGGGAAAACAGAGAAUGAUGCUAACCGUCUUGCUGAUAAAUUGAAGAAGAUAACUGUUGCAGAUAUAAUAGAGAAUAUGGAAGUUUCCGUUCUGCCAUCGGCUGUGGAGAACAAUCAAAUUUGUCGUAUUUACAAGCUUAAGAUGAAGCUUUACAAAUCUGAGCACUAUCCCAAAAACACUGAUAUUACGGUAGAAGAUUGGGAGGAGACCCUAGAAGUUGUAUUUGUAAGGGAAUUGGAGGACGCGAUAGAGAAUCAUCUUUCUUUGCUGUCCAAAAUCAGUGGCAUUAAAAUUUUUGGGCAAGCAAAAGCUUCAGGUGCGAAAGAUGAAGAUGGGUCUGUCAAUGAAGCGCGUCAUGGGGAAAACGAUGACAAUGAUGAUGAUGGCGAUGAGGAUGAUGCUGGUGGUGAGGCUGAGGAUCUUGGUUCCUAUGCUCAAAGGCAAAAGUUGCAAGCAAGUGAUGAAAUGAAUUAUGAUGAUGGUUCUGAAGAGGAAGGUGAAACAGAUCAGGAUGAUGUGGAGCUGUCAUCCAGAUCUGAAGGUGAAACUAAUUGUGUUGAGAAUGAGACUGAGAUUAGCAAGGAUAAAGAGAUGAGCACACAUGAUGAUGAAGGUGAGAUGAUUGAAAGUCAAAUUCUUAGACGCUCCACUAAGCAUGAAUCGAAGCUCAAGAAGAAGCAUGAGUCAAAGGACAAGACCAAAUCAAGAACCAAAAGAAAGAAGUCCAGAGCAGCAUUAGUCAAAAAGGAAACUGAUCGAGCAAUCUUUAUUGAAGCUAGUGGAUUUCAUUUUGAGGUUCAUUUUCAAUUUACGAAUGAACCUCAUCUUUUGCUGGCGCAGAUAGCUGAGCGGACAGCUGAAAGGGUUUACAUUCAAAGAUACGGAAAGAUUGACAAGUGUAGAGUGACGAAUUGCAAAGAAAAUCAAGUGAUUUACUAUGGUAAAAAUCCCAAGAGAAGGAAUGAUGUCUCAUCUGAAGAGAAAGAGAAAAUCCCUGCUCUGCAUACGACUGGAGUGGAUUUCAAGGCACUUUGGCAAAUGCAGGAUCACCUUGAUGUCAGGUAUCUGUAUUCAAACAGUAUUCAUGCAAUGCUAAAUACUUAUGGAGUGGAAGCUGCCAGGGAGACCAUCAUCAGGGAGGUAAUGCAUGUUUUUGGUUCGUAUGGGAUAUCUGUCAAUAUCAGGCACCUAACACUUAUUGCCGACUACAUGACCCACUCUGGGGGGUAUCGGCCAAUGAAUCGACAUGGGGCCAUAAAAGACUCUAUAUCUCCUUUUAUUAAAAUGUCUUUUGAGACAGCGUCCAAGUUCUUUGUUGAGGCCGCAUAUCUUGGGGAAAGGGACAAUUUGGACACCCCAUCUGCUAGGAUCUGUCUUGGUUUACCGGUGAAAUUGGGAACUGGAUCUUUUGAAUUGAUGCAGAAAGUUGAAAUUUGAUAUAUGGUGAAAUAUAUAUUUGUUCCUUUGUCAAUCUAUUGCUCGAGUGUUAUAUAUAAUGAUUAAUGAAUUAAGUUUUUCCUCAUCGUUAAUGAGUCAGCGUGCUCAGUUUUGUAUUACGAUGGGUGGUUUAUGUUAAAUUCAACCUAUGUCAUAUGUCUACAAGGGAGAAAGAAGAGAGAUGUAAUGUUUUAGAACAAUCAAAGUAGUAUUGUGAGUGUACUGAUGUAUACCGUGUCCCUUGCACAUAUAUAAGAUUCAAAUCCCCUAUUAUUUAAUUUAUUUUUCUAU